UAAAUGCAAAACAAUGUUCCAUUUUUUGUUGUAUAUCUUUCACACUGCUCUCUUUAAAUACACUGCUACAAAUUUCUCACCGGAGCCAUCCAAGUUACCACUAAUUACACUUGAGCCCCCCAAAAAUGGCCGCCGUUUCUCUCCACUCCAUCCUCAGCCGGCACACGGCGGAGCCGCCGCCGCAGCCUCUCAACACAUGCACCGUCCAGCAGCCACGCGCCUCCCUCAGCCGCCUCCACAUGCUUCUCCACUCCGCCGCCGUCUCCGCCGUCCUUUAUUACCGGCUUUCCAGCCUCGCCGCCGGCGGAGUUCCGGCGAUCUCCUGGAGCCUCAUAACUCUCGCCGAGGCCGUCCUCGCCUUCGUAUGGAUUCUGGCGCAGGCUUUCCGGUGGCGUCCGGUGGUCCGCGCGGCGGCGCUGGAGAAUCUUCCGGCGGACGACGAGCUACCGGCGGUGGACGUGUUCAUAUGCACGGCGGACCCGAAGAAGGAGCCGGUGGUGGAAGUGAUGAACACGGUGGUGUCGGCCAUGGCGCUCGACUACCCGCCGGAGAAGCUGGCGGUGUACCUCUCGGACGAAGGCGGCGCCGCCGUGACCCUGGAUGCGAUGAAGGAGGCGUGCGGAUUUGCGAGAGAUUGGAUUCCGUUCUGCCGGAAAUUUGGAGUGAAGACUCGUUGCCCUGAGGCGUUCUUCUCUGCUUUCACUGAAUCUGAGAGGGAAGUUCUUCAAAACCAUAGUCAAUUUGAGGUUGAAGAAGAACUCAUUCAGUCAAAAUAUGAAACUUUCAAGAGAAAUGUGGAAAAGGCUGCUGAGAUUGAGAUUGAAGAUUCAGUGAACCACGAUCGCCCUCCUUGCGUCGAGGUGAUACACGACAGCAAGACGGAUGAUGGAGGAUCAAAGCUGCCGUUGGUUGUGUACGUAUCACGUGAGGAAAGACCAUCCUACCCUCAUCGUUUCAAGGCUGGAGCCCUCAAUGCUCUCCUAAGAGUGUCCGGGAUAAUGAGCAACGCGCCGUAUGCACUAAUCCUAGAUUGCGACAUGUAUUGCAAUGACCCGACCUCGGCCAAGCAAGCCAUGUGCUUCCAUCUAGAUCCCGAAUUAUCGAGCACACUUUCGUAUGCACAAUUCCCUCAAAUAUUUUACAACAUAAGCCGAAACGACAUAUAUGAUGGCCAAGCAAGAUCGGCUUACAAAACCAAGUAUCAAGGCAUGGAUGGGCUAAAAGGCACCGUUUGCGCCGGCACCGGCUAUUUCUUGAAGAAGAAGGCCUUGUAUUGUAGUCCUCAUGAAAACGAAGAUGAAGUUCUUCGAGAUGUUGAGAAGAAGUUUGGAUCCUCAAAACAAUUGAUUGACUCCGUGAAACACCUUAAUGAGACGAGCACGAAGAAAAGAGAAUUUACAUCUCUAGCAACAAUAGAUGAAGCCAAGAAACUUGCAUCUUGCACGUACGAACAAAACACAAGAUGGGGGAAAGAAAUUGGUUAUUCUUACGAUUGUUUGCUCGAGAGCACAUUCACCGGCUAUCUCAUGCAUUGCAAAGGAUGGAACUCGGUUUAUCUAUAUCCCGAAACCCCGUGCUUCCUCGGAUGUACUACCAUAGACAUGAAGGAUGCCUUGGUGCAACUCAUGAAAUGGGCUUCGGGCUUGGUCCAAGUCGGGCUUUCUCGAUUCAGCCCGCUCACUUACGGGAUGUCGAGGAUGUCCUCCCUUCAAAGCAUGUGCUAUGGCUACUUUGCCUUCUCCCAUUUGGUCUCCAUUGCUUGCUUGUUGUACGGCAUUGUCCCUCAACUCUGCUUUUUCUACGGAAUCCCUUUAUAUCCUAAGGUGACAAAUCCUUGGUUCGGAGCAUUCGCCGCUGUCUUCCUAUCCUCACUCGGCCAACAUUUAUACGAGGUUAUGUCGAGCGGGGGUUCAAUUAGGACAAUGUGGAAUGAGCAACGGAUAUGGAUGAUAAAAUCCGUAACGGCAUGCCUAUUCGGGUGCUUAGAUGUCCUAAUGAAGUAUGCCGGUAUGGCCAAGGCCAACUUCCGGUUGACAAACAAGGCUGUGGAUCGGGAGAAUUUGGAGAAGUACGAAAAGGGAAAGUUCGACUUUCAGGGCGCAAAAAUGUUCAUGGUGCCGCUAACGUUGUUGGUGCUACUCAACCUUGGAUGCUUAGCCGGUGGCGCCAAAGGCUUUCUUGUCGAUGGCACCCGGGCAGAGAUGGUUGGACAGGGGUUAUUGUUGACAUACCUUGGCGUCCUCAGCAUCCCGAUUUUGGAAGGACUUGUGCCUAAAAUCGGCAAAUGAGGCUGUCGAUUGCCCGUUUUGUUUCUUAAUUUAUGUAAAAUUAGGUUUUUACUAAAAGCGCGUUUACUAUGAAGAAUACAAUAAAGUUAUUUAGU